AUGCAAAACUACUCUAUGGUCCACAUAUUUUGGCUCUUGGCCGCUUUUAAAUUGUCCGAUGCCUUCCGAGAAUCUCCAGAAGCUUCUACUCAUCUGAAGACGUUAUUAGGAGAGAAGACACCUCAAAUCAAUACGACUCAAGAUUCGGUUCUAGAACUUUCCAAUCAUUGGAUCGAUCAGGCUAUGUCAGCGUUGAUAGCAACAGUGGUCAAUGAGAAAAUCUCCACGAUCACGCAUCUCGAAACGCGCCUGCACGAGAAAUGUGUCAAGGGAAUCAAGUCGAUCGAGCAGCACGCGAAAUGCGUCGGUGAGCUUUUAGAAGUCUCUCGAGCACAGAAUGCGCGUCGACACCAUGCUCAACGUCUGGUAAUAAAAGUCACGGGAAGUGCGCCAACAAGCAAUUGGGUUGGCGCGUUUCGUAUUCGAAAAAAGCGCCAAACUCGAAUUGUGAAUCUAAGUGGAUACAGUUUGAGGAGUAGUAAGGAUGAUCAAUCGCCGUUUACACUGAUAACAAAACAGAUAACGAAAUCGAUAAGAGCAUUGAAGAAUAAGAAAGAGGAUAGGGGUUGGCGCCAAAUCAUGGUGGAUGUCAAAAAGACCGGAGAAGCGAUUGAAAAACGCAAAAAAGUCAAAGAAAUGAUUGGGCAAAGUGUGAGAUCGAGAAGUUCAAAAUCCAAUAGAAUCUAUUUGAGUCCCCGGAAACCGUUGGCGAAUUCCGACUACGAAGCCUUGGAGGAUGAUCCAAUUCAAAUGAAAAAUGAAAUUAUGGAUUCAGAAACUGAGGAUUCUAAGAAAAUGAACGUUGAAGAUAUGCUCAAAAGAUUUCAGGACCAUCCAGAAGAAAUUCUGAGCAAUGAUGCUCCAGAAAUUCUGAAUAUGACCGGUCAGGAGACAGAAGCCGUCUUAAGGAUCAAGUUGAUCAGAGAAGGUGUGUUCUCUAGCUCGUAA